UUCCUUGCACAGUCUGCAUUUUGGGUCAUCAGCUGAUUUUUCAAUCUUGGCCUGAAUUGCCUUUGUUCUGAUGGCUUGCUCCUGGGCUGCAAGGAUCAGGCCUUAUUAUUAUUAUUGUUGUUUUUACAGUGUUAAAGGUCUAGAUGCGGAGUUUGUGAAGAUGAACAGCUCCGUCCAGGAGGACGUCUUCCACUCUUUCCAGCUUCCCUACUUGCAAGCAUUGGAGUCCAAUGGAUCAGCUUGUACCGGAGACCUCAACACCGCCGCAUGGCUGGCGGCCAAUUUCGGGAGGUUCGGCCACUUUGCGAGAUACCAAGACUUCCUUUCCCUGAAUGCCAGAUUCAAUGCGUGGGAUGUCCUUGGGAACCUCACCGUGAAGCAACUUGCACAACUGUCGGCCUCCGCAGGCGCCUUGAGGACUCCGAGAGACGCGGAAACCAUCAUGAGCCUCAUAGAAACCUCCACGUUGACAGAGUUCGUGGAUGAAUUCAACAGACAGGACAACGUAAGCCUGACCAUCGAGAUCCGAGCCAGCCUCCUGAGCCGGGUUCUGACUUUAGCACAGCCGAUAUUUGAGAAAGCGGAUGAUGCCGAAUUCCUCAUCUGGACGGAGCAACGCCUGCCAGGUUUGGUGCCGGGAAUGAACGCUUCAGACGUCCGGCUCUUGUUUGACCACUUGGAGGACAGAAACUGUCCCGCUAUUAAUGCCACGGUCACUUUGCUUAACGCUUCCAUUGGAGAUUUCAGCAACGUCACCAGGCAAAGUAUUUACAAAGCGAUCCUGACUUUCAACUCAAACUCUUCGCUCCGAUGCUACGCAGCAAAUACCAGCUUUUCCGUCUUCUUAGAAGAGAUGUUUCAGGGGUUUGCAAACUUUCUGACUUUGAGAGACUUGGGCACUUUAAUCCCUGCAUCCAACCUGCAAAAGAUCGUAAACACGAUCCCUCCGGAUGCGGUGUCCGACUUAUUCGCCCGAAACGGAUUCCUGAACGACGACCCGUUCUUGACCGUUUGGUUGCAGCUCUACGAAAGGAGCGGCUUGUUUAUUGACCGCUUUAACCAGAAAAACGUUACGGACCUCCUUUCCAACGGCACCAAAGUGGCUCUCUUGGCGGGCGUUUGGCCCUCCCUGGUGUCCAGCGACAACAAUGAGACCGAAGUGGAGCGGUGGCUUGAGGGCCGGCUGGACAAUUAUUUCAUGUUCCUCAAUGGGGACGUGCUCAAUGCAAGCAAAACCCUGAAUGCCAGCUGUGGGACCUAUAGUAAAAUCGUGAACAAGCUGAACGAAAACAUUGCCCUGUUUGAAGGCCGGGAGGAGGAGAUGUACUUCUCCAUCAAGGCUUACCUGACAGCCACCGAAGAAAAGCCUCGCUGCUACAACAUCAGCGACCGAGGAAUGUCCAACUGGCUGGCCAUGUAUUUUCGAAGUUACAUCCGCUUUAGCAGCGCACGGGACAUGCGGCUGCUCACCAACCAUAGUGCAAGCAUCUUCCAAGGUCUUGCAUUCAACCGAGACAACCUGGAGCUCAUCUACCGCUAUCCAAUUCGCGACGAUUUGGCGGAGAUGUACGCUGACGCGAUUCUGACGGUGGCGUCGGAUUUCAAUCUCAACAGCCUUCCAAACCAGCUCCUCUGCUUUGCGCGGCGGUCUACUAUGAUCUCCGGCCUCAGUCCCAAUGAGGCCUUGGACCUCGUCGCUCGGGUCAAUCUCCAUUGCAACUCUUCCCAACCAUCUUCGUCUGACCGUCAGCUUGCCACGAUGCUUGUGGCCCAGAUCAAGGCUUUCAGCAGCGAGACCCUGGUGGCCUUGGGGCAGCAGGCCAUGGGACUGACCACUGGCCAGAUCUACAACCUCACCGCAGACGUCCUGAAGGACCCCAAAGCCUUGGAAGCUCUGGGACGGGUCAAGGGCUGGAACAGGGGCCAGUCCCAAGUGCUGGUCAGCAGGAUCCUCAGCAAUGAUUUUGCUCUAGAUACACCCGAGAAGUUCCAGAGUCUGGGCACCUUGGCACAGGGUUUGCCCAGCACCAGCUUUGACCGCAUCCCGGCUGGAUCUGCCAUUGAGUUGGCCAAGGACGCCCACUUUGUGAGCAUACUCAGACGAGGCCCGGAACACUUACAGAAAGCCUUCGUGAGCAAGAUCCUCUCCAACUCCUCCUCCUUCAAUGACAUCCUGAACAACGUCCCGGAUGAGCUGGUGGACCAAGUCCCAAUCCCGCUGCUGCUGUCUCAAGGGGAGAACCCAGACCUGCGCAAAAUCAACGAAAAGCAAUGGUCUUCCCAGCAGGCAGCUAUCCUUUUUGGAAAUGUGCUCUCCAGGACGGACAAUUACACUGAGCUUUCAGCCUUCAUCCUUCAAGGCUUCCAAUGCAAUGCGGCCGGCAAAUUGUCAGCCGGGCAACUCUCUUCUCUGGUUCGAGAAGUGAAAAUGAAAAACGCCAAUCUGAGUGAUGGACAGCUCUCCUGCGCGGCCCGGCUCCUUGCAAACCACAACCUGGAUGCCAACUUCACCGAUUAUCCUCCGGAUGUGCUGCUCUUCUUCCCCCUUGACCAAGUUGAUGGUGCAAACUGCGAAAGGUUUUACUCCUUGGCUUCCCAAGGAGAUCUCAGCCUUUUGGCCAAUGGAUCAGCCCAGAGGACCAGACUCUUGGAAAAUGCCUUGAGAUGCUUUGGAGUGGGAAACAGCACUGCUUUGCGCAAGGAGCAUCUCCAGCACCUCGGGGCCUUUGUGUGCGACAUGGAUGCUUCUGUCAUCAACGACUCCGACCCGGAGGUUUUGCAGAACUUGAAACUGUGCCCCGAACUCAGCAAUUCCCAAGUCAUGGCUCUCAAUACGCGCCUGAGCAGCGGAACGCCUCCAUACAAUGCUCCUGAGUCCUGGAAUGACAGCACCCUCGAAGACCUCGGGCCUUUGGCUUUCUACAUCAACCGCUCCAUUUGGAAUCGUAUCAAUGGGCAAGAGAGAGUUGCCUUCUUCAGGAGCCUCUCCGACGCCUACGACGGGCAAAGCGCGGCCCAGAAGGAGAAAACCAGGCUCUUUUUGAGGACCGUUGGCCCCAAUCCGGCUUCCGCAGCCAGGUCGAAACGGGCAACAGAAGAGUGUCAGUCAGGUCCCAUCACGGCCAGCACCUUAGAAGACCCGCUCUUCAUCAUCCUCUAUGAUUCGGCCGGGCAGUUUGAUGCCUGCUUGGACAAAGAGGUCCUGAGAGGCAGCUUGGCCACUUUGCUGGAGCAGCCGCUGCCCAACGACUACUUGGUCGUGAUGAAAAGGAAGCUGGACGAGCUCUACCCCAGUGGUGUUCCAGAGGAUCAGCUGAGGCUGCUGGGCUUCCUUGCGCACCAGUAUAAUGCGGAGGAGAUCAGAAGAUGGAAUGUGACGUCCAGCGACACGCUUGCGGCUCUCCUGAACCCAGACAACGGGGCUUGGGACGCAGCGCCGCUCAGGGAACUGGUAGCAAGGUACAUAGCAUCGGGAGGCACGCUCUCCAAUCCCAUUCUUGACCUGUUGGGAGGCGUUUACCUUUGCUAUUUGGGUGAAGAUCAACUGCAACAAAUCAACCCUGAAGCCAUCCGGAAUGCUGAGAAAUUAGACAUUUCCACCUGUCCCCAAAGCAAGAAGGACAUCCUAUAUGGAAAAGCUUCAACUGCAUUUUCUCCCGAAGAAGGGACCAGUCCUUACUAUUCCUUAAUCCAGCCAUAUUUAGGAGGAGCAUCUGCCGAAGACCUGAAAAAAUUGGCCAGGUCUCAGGUUGAUAUGGAUAUCAAUACGUUUCUCAAUUUAAAUCCAGAAGAGCUUCAGGCACUGAGCGUCCAGGACGUGCGAGGUUUGCUCGGGGUGAAUUUGCCGGAUCUGAAAGGAGCCGAGAGAGAGCCUUCGGUGGCCGGAUGGAUCCGUAGGCAGUAUCAAUCCGACCUGGACACACUCAGGAUUGGCUUGACCGGAGGGAUGCCUUCUCCGCUGCCCACAGGGUCCAGCAACGACAGAGUCAACGCUUCCAUGACAUCAUCAUCUAACGUCUCCAGCGAUAAUACAACAGGGUUGUUACCAUUGAUGCCUACCGAUGGUACUCCCCUCUUCGAGAUCACUGAUGCGGCAACGUCUCCCUCUAUCGCUCCUACAAAUAAGACAGUUACUGCCAUCGACGUGGUCCCUAAGGUUGAUUUACCGACUUCCUCGGACGUCCCAGUGACGUCCAACGAGACCGUCAAUGAUGUAGAAGAUGCUACAGACGCAACCACGACUGACCAGCCAGCAGAUUCAAACAGCAUCGCCGCUUCCGCCAGUACGAUCAACGACACUGUUGUGUUUCCAACCGAAAUCCCGGGAACGUCCUUCAAUGUCACCGAGGCUUUGAAUGACACCGUCGGAGGAACGCCAAGCCCUGUUACGGGCACAGAUAUAGAAGCGACAACAUCAGGUUUCGACACCUCCGCGGCCAAUGGCACAGUCAUUCCGCCCUUCACAGUUGAAGCAAAUGCCACAACGAGCUCAAAUGACACCAUUGGAGGACUCCCUGUCCCGCUCCCUACGACAGGCACCUCGGUUGAAAACACAACCUUCGCCAACAUUACUGAUGCAACCAACCGAACGAGUUUUCCUCCCAAUGUGACCACUGACACCAACGCAACUGUUAUGCCCACACCUUCAGUCUUCAUCAAUCACACAUCCGGUGCCAACGUAACCACCACCGGUGCUGACAAUGUAACAUCCGCCAUGCGAAAUAUGACCGUUCCUUCUUCUCAAAUACCCCCAGGACUUGUAGACAUCACGGACACCAACACAACAAUGUCCUCCACGCCUGCAGUCAACCUCAACCACACGUUGAGUGCCGACGCGACCACUGCUGGCGCUGACAAUGUAACAUCUCCCAAGUUUGGUGUGACGGAGAUCUCUUCUCAAAAGCCUCCAGUGGUCGUCGUGCCCGUGCCCAAUGCUACCAUCCCGUCGUCAAUUGGCACGACACGGGGCACCACCACGGUUUCUCCAACCACUGCAAAGACCACCAGCAGAGCGCCUCCGAGAACAAGGCCUCCAUUCCGCCCAACGCCCAACGGCCUCAUCAACGUGGAACCGGGCAAUUCGCUGGCAUCCAAUGCAUCUCUCAGCUGGGUUCUCCUGACGUUGUCCCUCGUGGUUGGAGUCUCAAUGCCGAAGAGGUUUCUCUGAUGGCCUUUGCGAGGAUCGGUACCAUGCGGAUUCCAUGGAUCGACGUCUCUUUGGACUCUGGACCGCUUCAGAUUUCCUAACCACUCUGCACAUCUAGCCUUGACUUGGCAAUGCAUUUGUUUCCUUUUCCAUUCUGUCAAUCACUUUUGGUGGCAGGUGAGUUCUUCAAGUCAAACUGCCCUCCGAUUGGAUGCAAGCCAAGAAGAUGAACCACGGAACCACCUGAAACAGGUGUGCCCUUGGAUCUGUAUUAGCACUUUGUAUCAUUUCCCAGAGACAGAAAAGACAACAUUGGGCAGGGCUUAGACACGUUUUGACAAAAUGUUCUCAAGUCUGUGAUGCGAUUUCAUGUUCAGUGCUGUUUGCUUUGCGAUAAGUGGAUGCACACCUCUGUUUGGUUAGUUACCUGUGGCCUGAACUUCUCACCUUGAGGAGAUGCAAACCGGCAAUAUCUGUCAAUAUUCAGAACUGGGUUGCGGUAAGUUUACCAGGUUGCAUGGCCAUGUUCCAGAAGCAUUCUCUCCUGAGGUUUUGCCCACAUCUAUAGGACUUCGUGCCAUGAAACAUCACUAGAUCAUCACAGAAUUAUGCAGUCUCCCUUCCUCACGUCGUUCUGGAUAUUGUGUUGUCAAAGGCUUUCAAGGCCAGAAUCACUGGGUUGCUGUGAGUUUUCCGGGCUGUACGGCCGUGUUCCAGAAGCAUUCUCUCCUGACGUUUUGCCCACAUCUAUAGUAGGCAUAAUAAUAAUAAUAAUAAUAAUAAUAAUAAUAAUAAUAAUAAUAAUAAUAAUAAUAAUAAUUGGGUGCCAUGCCAAAAGAUCUCAGUCGGCAUUUGGAAACAAUAGACAUUGACAAAUUACGAUCUGCCAAGUGCAAAAGGCCACCCUGCUGGGAUCUGCACGCAUCAUCCGAAAAUACAUCACACAGUCCUAGACACUUGGGAAGUGUUCGACUUGUGAUUUUGUGAUAUGAAAUCCAGCAUAUCUAUCUUGUUUGCUGUGUCAUAAUAAAAUAAUAAUAAUAAUAAUAAUAAUAAUAAUAAUAAUAAUAAUAAUAAUAAUAAUAAUAAUUUUAUUUUUAUACCCUGCCCCAUCUCCCCAAGGGGACUCGGGGCGGCUUACAUGGGGCCAAGCCCAGGCAACAAGCAAUAUAAAGCUCAACAAUAAAAACAAAUCAUAAACAAAUAAAAUCACAUAUACCAAUAAACAAUAAGCACACUUUGAUAAAAACCUGGGUUGGCUCCUAAAAGGGGUAGUGGGCCAGAAAAGUGCAAAUAGUUUUCCUCAAAGGUUGUGAGGUACAGUAGAGUCUCACUUAUCCAAGCCUCACUUAUCCAAGCCUCUGGAUUAUCCAAGGCAUUUUUGUAGUCAAUGUUUUCAAUAUAUCAUGAUAUUUGGUGAUAAAUUCGUAAAUACAGUAAUUACAACAUAACAUUGCUGCCUAUUGAACUACUUUUUCUGUCAAAUUUGUUGUAUAACAUGAUGUUUUGGUGCUUAAUUUGUAAAAUCAUAACCUAAUUUGAUGUUAAUAGGCUUUUCCUUAAUCCCUCCUUAUUAUCCAAGAUAUUUGCUUAUCCAAGCUUCUGCUGGCCCGUUUAGCUUGGAUAAGUGAGACUCUACUGUAUAGUGGAAGCUAGGUACUGUAAGUCGGGUUUAUAUAUCUGUGGAAGGUCCAAGGUGGGACAUUGACUGUAUGAGGCAAGUGUCAAUGUUGCAGUUGGCCAGCUUGAUUGGCAUUGAAUGGCCUUGCAGCUUCAAAGCCUGGCUGCUUCCUGCCUGGGGACUCCUUUAUUGGGAGGUGUUAGCUGGCCCUCAUUGUUUCAUGGCCAGAAUCACUGGGUUGCUGCGAGUUUUCCAGGCUCUCUGGCCAUGUUCCAGAAGCAUUCUCUCCUGACAUUUCACCCACAUUAUAGCAAGCAUCCUCAGAGGUUGUGAGGUCUGUUUGGAAUUCCCCUGUUUUCUGAGUGUUGUUCUUUAUUUAAAGACAACAGAGAAGCCAAUGAAAUACACAAUUUCAACAAAAAGGAGGCAACCAUGAAAAUGAACAAAAUCUGGACACCAGUAUUUUUUUAAAAAACUCUAAAAUCAGGAUAAUAAACAAAGAAUAACUCAAAAAACAGUGGAAUUCCAGACAGGAAACAAUCAGGGCCAGAUAACACCUCCCAACAAAAGAUUCCCUCAGGCAGGAAGCAGCUAGGCUUUGAAGCUGCAAGGCUAUUCAAUGCUAAUAAAGCUGACCAACUGCAACAUUCACACUUGCCUCAAACAGACAAGAGUUCUUUCUUCCACCCUAGGCAUCCCACAGAUAUAUAAACCCCACUUGCCUAGUUUCCAACAGACCUCACAACCUCUGAGGAUGCCUGCCAUAGAUGUGGGUGAAAAGUCAGGAGAGAAUGCUUCUGGA